AGGAAUAAACAUCAUGUCACAUUUAUGGGUUGUCUCCGUCACAGAGUGGACAACAUACUGCAUGUAGCCAGGUAUCUGGUCAUCCACCGUGUCCACGCAUCAGACCGAGGUGCCUACUCCUGUAUCGCUGAAAACGAAGCGGGUUUGGCAGAAAAAACGUUCGACGUCGAAGUUCACGAACCUCCACGGGUCCACCUGAGCCAGAACAAAGGGCUCGUCCUGGAGUCAGAUCCUGCGCAACUUAACUGCCGGGUAACGGGUAAUCCAGUCCCUAUGAUCACUUGGCUUUACGAUGGAAACGUUCUCGACUUGAACUCGACAUCCAUAAGGAAUAUGACUUUUGCCGAUAACGGUCAAGCCCUACAGAUUCCCAGCGCGAUGCUACGUCAUUCCGGAAAGUACUCUUGCAUCGGAAGUAACUUGGCUGGAACAGCAACUGCAUCAAUAGCUUUCACAGUAGCUGUCCCUCCAAGCAUCCAGAAAGAGACGUCGGCAGUCCAGGUGCUUCUCCAUUAUCCAGCAACAUUGAGCUGCCACGUGAGAGGUCAUCCUCCACCGUCGGUCGAAUGGACCAGAGAGGGGGAACUCUUGCAACACAAUUCCCUGGUGCGGAUGUUAGACAGAGGACAGGUUCUCCAGAUCGGCGGCAUUACAGAGGAGCUGGAAGGCGCGUAUACAUGCAGAGCUGCCAACAUUGCUGGAGCAGACGAGCACACCCUCUUUGUCAGCGUGCUGGUCCCUCCGAAGUUAGAAGCCUUGAAGGACGUGGAAAAGCUGAGACCUCAAGUUGUUUCCGGAAAAGACAUCCAAAUGGAGUGUUUCAUUUACGGGCGGCCGACGCCGCACGUAACUUGGAUGAAGGACGGAGCGGAAGUAAUAGAGGAACCUGGACACGUCGACCUCCUCGAGGACCAUCAAACGCUGUACAUCACUCAGGCACGCAGUAACCAAUCGGGUCGUUACACCUGUAUCGCUUCAAACAGCGCCGGUGUGGUGUCCCGCGAUUACUUUCUCCAGGUCUUAAGUUGCCCGGUGAUCUCGGGCUCAGGAGGACAUGCUGAGCUCGUAACUGUACCAGUCGGCGGAUGUAAGAAGCUGUCUUGUACUGCGACAGGGUUGCCAACUCCUCUGCUC